AUGUUUAUUGCAAAUGUAUUAUUGCAAUUAUUAUUUGUAUAUUCUCUUAUCGAUUGUCAAAUUGUUAAUGUAACAAUUUUUACUGAAUCGCAAUGCAAAUAUUGUACAUCGUUAUUACAUGAACAAAUAUGGCCGUUUAGUUUAAAUCGGCCUGGAAUUAUGAAUCUUCAGAUUAUACCGUUCGGAAAAGGUUCCUGUGAUUUUUAUCCCCAAAAAACAUUCCAUUGUCAUUGCAUGCAUGGUCCAAAUGAAUGCGAUUUGAAUCGUUUGCAGAAUUGUGCAAUUGCUCUUUUCCCACGCAAUUAUUUGGGUUUAUUGGCUUGUGCUCAAGGGCUAAACACACUGAAAGAAGCGUUUGCAGUUUGUCUUCCACCAUUUAAACCUGAAACCCAAAAGCGGCUGAUUGAAUGUGCAAGCACCCAAGAAGGAGAACUAUUAAAUUACUAUUCAAUGCUUUAUACUCAUGCAGCAGAUAUUCGAAUUUGGCCGACAAUGUUUGUGAAUGGCCGAUUUUUUGAUCGGAGCUAUCCUGUAGAAACGGAAAUAUGCCGCCAUACGAAUUGGUGUUAG